UUGGACAGAGCAGGCGCUGGAUUGGGUUGUAUUGUCUGUGUGGGAGAUGAGGGAAUAGACUAGCGUUAAUUGUGGACAGUUUUGGAUUAUCUGAUUGUGUAGGUAUCCGGGUAAACCCCGUUCACAACAAAUGCCAAUAACUCGAAAUAAUCAACUACUCUUCUGUAACACUAGUAUUCUUAAGGAUCACCUAACUAGAUGAGUUUCAGCACAUCAUCCCCGGUAACCGAACAGAGGGAGACGGACAGCUCUGACUCCGCUAGUUGUAGAAGUCGAGCUCCCUCUCUUGGUGUGGUGUGCCCGUUUCGAAUGGUUUCAGCGAGGCUGUGUAUUGUGCCUACCCCAUUGGAGGAAGAGGAGGGAAAGUGAGAGUGCCGGUCACGUUUUUGUGCCUGCGGUUGUGCUGGAAUAAGAAUUGCCUUUUCGGGAGAGACAGACUCGUAGCCAGUGGGCAGCAUGUUCCAACUCCCAGUCAACAACCUUGGCAGUUUACGCAAAGCCAGGAAAAAUGUCAAGAAGGUGCUUGGAGACAUCGGCUUGGAGUUUUGCAAGAAGCAUAUUGACGAUUUCAAAGACUUUGUUCCAAAUGAUUUCUACCUAAAACACACUACGUGGGACGAUGUGUGCAUGUAUGAUCCUUCUAUGACCAAAUCUCAAGACUAUCGCUCAAAGCCAUUCUGCUGCUCAGGAUGUCCCUUCUCCUCCAAGUUCUUCUCGGCCUACAAAAGCCACUUCCGCAAUGUCCACAGCGAGGAUUUCGAGAACCGCAUCCUCCUCAACUGCCCGUACUGCACGUACAAUGGCAACAAGAAGACUCUGGAGACCCACAUCAAGCUGUUCCACAUGCCCAACAACAUGAUGCGGCAGGGCCAGCAGGGGGCCAUGGGCGCCCUCAGCAAAGGCAUAGACAAGGCCACCGUGGAGCAGCCGGUUUACUACUGUAAGAAGUGUACAUAUCGGGACCCACUGUACAACGUUGUGCGCAAGCACAUCUACCGGGAACACUUCCAGCACGUGGCUGCACCGUACAUGGUGAAGCCGGGGGAGAAGGUCACGCCGCCCAACGGGGCGACCGGAGCUGCUGCCGCGGCGGCCACUGGCGCAGGUGCUGCCGGGGGGAGCGGGGACACCGGCACCGGAGGCGCCGCAGGUGGCAACAGCUCUGCCAUCCACUGCAAGCGCUGCCUGUUUGUGCCACGCACCUACGAGGCGCUGGUGCAGCAUGUAAUUGAGGACCACGAGCGGAUAGGGUACCAAGUCACCGCCAUGAUCGGUCACACCAAUGUGGUGGUUCCCCGUGCUAAGCCGGUGAUCAUGGUCUCGCCCAAAAAUCCAGGGGACAGUAAGGGCAUCAUCGGGGUCACUCCCAAGGGCACGGUGGUGACUGCCGGGGUGCGCCCACUCUCCACCCAGCAGCUAAGCCGUAUCGUGAUCCCCAAAGUGGGCCUCAACUCCUCAGGGCUCCUAUCGGGCCUGAAGCAGGGCACCUUCGGACUGAAAGCAGGGACCACGCAGUCCGUGUCCAUAGGUGGGCAGCAGGUGCGCAUAACAUUACCUGGCAACGCCCAGGUAUCAGUGCCACAGCAGUCCCACGCAGCCAAACCUCACCUCUCCACCAGCGGCGUCCGUAGCCCCGUGGCUGUAGGCUCCUCCUCCACGCUGAAGACGUCGCCGCUGACCCCACGCGUGCAGGCCGCCGCCACCAUCGUCUCCUCGGUGGUGGCCAAAAAAGGCGGCACGUCGGUGAUCGGCACGUCCUACACGCAGAAGUGGAAGAUCUGCACCAUCUGCAACGAGCUCUUCCCCGAGAACGUCUACAGCUCGCACUUCGAGAAGGAACACAAGGCGGAGAAGGUGCCCGCCGUGGCCGCCUACAUCAUGAAGAUCCACAACUUCACCAGCAAGUGCUUGUACUGCAACCGCUACCUGCCCAGCGACACCCUGCUCAACCACAUGCUCAUCCACGGCUUGUCGUGCCCGCACUGCCGUGCCACCUUCAACGACGUGGAGAAGAUGGUGGCGCACAUGCGCAGCGCGCACCCCAACGAGCCCGUGGGGCCCCGUACCGACUCGCCCCUCACCUUCGACCUCACCCUCCAGCAGGGGAACCCCAAGAAUGUCCAGCUGAUCGUCACCACCUACAACAUGCGGGACGCCCCGGAGGAGUCGGUGGCCUUCUACGCGCAGAAAAGCAGUGCCUCUUCCUCCUCGCAGGUCAAGAAACCCACCACGGGCACUCCGGCAAAGCCGGACGGCGAGGCCCAGGAUGGCGCGGCGGCGGCAGCGGCAACUGCAACGGCACCAGCAGCGGCGGUCAAAAGCCCUCCGCAGGCAGCGGUGCCCUACAAGAGGGACGUGGGCAAGACGCUGUGCCCACUGUGUUUCUCCAUCCUCAAGGGCCCCAUCUCGGACGCGCUGGCGCACCACCUGCGCGAGCGGCACCAGGUCAUCCAGACGGUGCACCCGGUGGAGAAGAAGCUGACGUACAAGUGCAUCCACUGCCUGGGGGUGUACACCAGCAACAUGACUGCCUCCACCAUCACCCUGCACCUGGUGCACUGCCGCGGCGUGGGCAAGACGCAGAACGGCAAGGACGCCAGCAGGCCCACACCGUCCUCCAAGUCCGGACAGUCCCAAAGCUCCUCGCUCAAGCGAGCGAGUGCUGAAAACGUCGACCCGUCUGACCCGAAGCGGCGGAAGGCGUCGGCGGCGGGAGCGGAACAGGCUUCGGGACCCGGUUCCGCGGGGGAUAAGUCGCCGGAGGAACCUGUGACGCUGGUUCUAGAUCCCAAGGGCCACGAGGACGAGUCGUACGAAGCACGCAAGGCCUUCCUCACCAAGUACUUCAACAGGCAGCCGUACCCUACGCGGCGCGAGGUGGAGAAGCUGGCGGCCAGCCUGUGGCUCUGGAAGUCCGACGUGGGCAGCCACUUCAGCAACCGCCGGCGGAAGUGCGUGCACGACUGCGAGACGCGGCGCUUCCAGGUGCUGCUGGGCUUCAAGAUGCGCGACGUCCACCGGCUGCAGCACAGCAUGGGUUUCCCCGGCAACCUGCAGUUCCAGCACCACGAGCCGGCGGACAGCCGGACAUCCCCAGGCUCCAUCGGCCGGUCCGAGGAGGCCGUCAAACGGUGGUUGAAGGAUGGCGCCAACACUGGUACCGCCAACACUGGUACCGCCAACACUGGUACCGCCAACACUGGUACCGCCAAUGGAGCCGGUCGGCGGCGUUUGAGUGCUGCCUUGCCAAAGGGUCCCCAGGGAACGCCAACCAGUGACCAAAGCAAGACAAUCAAGAAGAGCUUGACCCCUCCUAGCGUGGUGACCUCGGAGCUCAUCACGCUCGACUCAGACAGCGAGUCGGAGGAGAACGCAACGGAUGGGAAAGAUGGGGGGGAACCUAUGGAGACGGACCAGAACACUGUCGAGGGACAGACUGUAGACGCAAAGGCGGCAGGAAAGAAGGGGGAGGAGAAGGUGGAGGAGGGAGAGGAAGGCGUCCCGGACUCUGGAGAGGUCCAUGGGGAGAACGGCUACGGACUCAACGAAGAGCCUACGAAAGCUGUGAAGCGCAAGGCAGGGUCCCGGCGAGACGCCAAGACGAAACUCAGACAGACAGGACCAGGGGCCCAGCUAGGCAAGCAGCAAGUCUAACUGGCACAGCAAGGACAUUUCUCGCACAACACAGUACUCCCAUACCUGCUCAAACAUAACCAUAAACACACACACACACACACACACACACACACACACACAGAUGCGCACACAACACACCGUGACAUUUGUUACAACUGACAUAUGCCAACAACUCUGCCUCACCCAAACUCAUGCGAGCCAUAAUCAGUGGCUCUGAUGAGAGGAACAAGGGAGGGAAGACCAGGGCCUGAGAGAGAGGCUACCUCCCACCACCAGAAGCCAUUGUUUUGCGGUUAGAAGUGAAGUUUAUUUACAAUGUACUUUAUUCAGAUUCAGAGUUUAAAAAAAAAAAAGAAAAAAAAAAAAAAACAAGUGGGGAGAAAUUAUUUUACAUGAUCUCCAGGGCAGGGAACGAACACACUGAAAAAUGCACCAAACAAUAGAAGACAGCUUUUUGCCGUCAAUGUCGUUGGCUUUCGAGUUUAAAAAGAGUACUUAUUGGUUUAGCCACUAACUUGAGCCGUGGCAAAGAUGAGUUGGAUAUUUAGAUUUUAAUAAUUACAAGUUAGGCGUUUCACAUAGGCAUACUGAAGAGCUAUUGUAUAUUUGUACAGUCUUUUAGACACAUCUGAAGAGAUGUCGGUGUAGGUGUAUUCAUUAAAUAAAAAUGCUAUUCAUUUUUUUGUGCACAGAUUAGAUUGUCAUAUGUUCUACAUUGGUUCACUUAGACAAUGGAUGUGGCUUCGGUGGCUAUUCCUUUUUUUAUCGGGCUCUCUUCAUUUUUGAUGAAAAACCUUUAGCAAAAAAUAAUAUAUCUAUAUAUUAAAUGCACAUUAAAAUGGACAUAUUCUCAUGCUUUUUUGGCUGGUUACUACUACUACUAUUAUUAUUAUUAUUAUUAUUAUUAUUAUUAUUAUAUUUUUUUAUUGGUAGUAAUUAUUACUUUGGUUCUACUGUAUGAUCAGUUUUUAUUCCCUGUCUGGCCUCCUGUCUACCCUUGGGUCAGAGUUUUGGGGCUGGUUCACUGAUGGCUGUAGCUCUGUGUAUGUAGGCUAGACUGUGGUAAAUUCAGCCUUUGCUGAACAGUACUUGCCCCCCACCCCCCCUUUUCUUUGCAUUGUUGACCUUUUUGACCCCUUAAGACUGAGCUCUUGUGUUUGUUUUUUUUAUUGUUUUUGUUUUUUUUGCCCAUGGUGCCCGGAGAUCGUUGGCUGUUGACCUGACUUUGCUGUGUGUACAUGUUUAAUUUGUGACCUGCGAUUUCUGUUCUUUUUUUUUUUUUUUUUUCUUUGGUUGUUUGUUUUUUUUGUUUUGUUUUUGUUAUUUUGUCACUUAAGCAUUUCUGAACAAUAAAGUGCUGUAUUGUGCUUCUCA